CUACGAGUAACGGGUAUAAAAAUACCCCUUUUUGGGCCAAGCUGUCAUAUUUUCAGACCGUUUUCAACACUAAGUCUGUGCCCAUGUCAGUUGUCAGGCGGAAAGUAGUUGGCACUCAACCAGGUUGGAAACACACCCCGUCGAGAAUCGGUAACCACCACCAUGAGCGCCAGCGAGGGCGUCAGUCUCCCAGGCAACGAGGACACCACUCCGCCGCAUGAAAAACAUAAACAAAGGGCCAAAAAGGCCAAAAAGAAGUUCCGGAGUGCCAAAGAAAGUGUUCCGAAUGCGAUGGACGCGAAAGCCACUGCCAGCUACUUCAGUUUGAGCAUCGUGGGCCAAAUAGUGUCGGCCACCUUUCCUUUGGGUCCCGACAAGGAGUUCGUCUUCCUGCGCUACGAAAUGGUCGCUGGUCCCGACUGGCAGCUGUCCUCCGGACCCCAGCACGGACUCACCCAACUGGCCACCAACAGAAGGGGCCACUUCAACGAGCCUAUUGUGUUCAACAUGCCCAUCGAGGUGACCUACAAGAGCACCAGUCCCUAUGGCUGGCCCCAGAUCCUGGUGAGCGUGUUCGGUCGCAGUGGCCUGGGAAGGGAAACACUACUCGGCUACGCCCACAUCCACCUGCCCGUUUUUGGCAGCCGUCGUCCAGCAGAUCAGACGGAGCAGCUGCAGGCCCCCAUCCUGAUGCCCAAGUGCCCCAGCAUGAUGGCAGACAUCACCAGUUGGCUGUUGCGCCGGGAGCCGGAGCUGAAGGACCCCAAGGUGCUGCUGGACAACCUGAAGUGCAAGGGGCUCUCCAUGGAGUCCUACGGCAGCCUGCAGUUCCAGCUGUCCUCCGUGAUGAGGGGAGCCCGCAAGCUGGGCUACCAUUGGCAUUCCUGAGAGGAGAGUCCAGAGUGUGUCAGUAAAACGUGAACUGGGCGAAGCAGGAAAGCGUUUGUCUUAAUCUAAUUGCCGGGUGGGUGGUACCUCAAACUUGGCCUUGUUGGUUGUGGCAGCUAAGACGGCUUCGAAAUGACGCGACUGCUGCUAAUCCGACGCAGCAGACCUGCGGCAAUCGAAAGCCCAAUUCGAACGGUUAGCUUUGGAUUGGCCAAGUGCCGGCUAAUUGGAUUAGGGCAAUUAGUCUAAGACGCGUCGAACACAAGUGGCCAUAUAAAGACCCGGCCAUGGUUCCGCCCCAGGCAUUGCCGCCGAGUUCGCGUCCCGAGAGUCAGUCGUCCUGCUAUGGACAGCGAGUAGUCGGCGCAG